AACCAGUAUAUCUUUGACAGGUCAAAGAUCUUACGUUCUCGAUAAAACAGUAGACGCGCGACUCACACGCAGAAUGGUUUAUAAGUUGUUAUUUGUGCUUUUUAUCGUACAUAAUACUAAUGCAGCGUCUCAAAUACCGAAAUUGAAGUUGAACGAUGGCAACGAAAUGCCAGUUAUAGCUCUUGGCACGUGGCUCGGAAACUCAACAAAGUCAACUCCCGAUGAGGUAGAACAAGCUGUGCGUUGGGCACUGGACGCCGGGUACAACCACAUUGAUACCGCUUGGAUAUAUAAAGUAGAGGAUCAAGUUGGGAAGGGGCUGAAAGGAGUGCCAAGGGAGAAAGUUUUUGUUACCACAAAAUUAUGGAACAGCUUCCACGCUCGAGAUGCGGUGAUACCAGCUCUCCGAGAAUCUCUUCAUAACUUACAGCUGGAUUAUGUUGAUCUUUACCUCAUCCAUUGGCCUGUUGGACAGUUUGCGAAUUUCACCUACGACCAAACGGACUAUCUUGAAACUUGGCGAGGAAUGAUAGAGGCGAAGAAACUCGGCCUGACCAAGUCCAUAGGACUUUCCAAUUUCAACGAGAAGAUGAUUGAGAGGAUCCUGGAGAAUGGGCUGGAGAAACCUGCUGCUCUGCAAGUUGAGAUCAAUCUAAAUCUUCAACAACCAGAGCUACUCGCCUAUUGUAAAUCUCAAAAUAUAGUGGUCAUGGGAUACACGCCGUUCGGAUCGCUUUUCUACUCAAAAGCCAAACCUGAUUCUCCACCGCCGAGGGUUGACGACCCAGCGCUGGUUACCAUCGCUGAGAAGUAUAAGAAAACGGUGCCACAGAUAACAUUGAGAUAUUUGGUGGAACUAGGCGUGGUGCCGUUGCCUAAAUCUCUAACAAAGAGCCGUAUUCAACAAAAUAUCGACAUAUUCGAUUUCCAGUUGACAGACGACGACAAAACAAUUUUAAAAUCCUUCGAUAAAGGUUACCGGACCAUCCCGCAAUAUAAAUGGCUGGACCACCCUUAUUAUCCAUUCGAAAAAAAAUUAAACAAUUAAUUAUUGUUUUAUUAUUGGAAACUGGUCAAAUAUCAUGACAAACUAUUAUUGCUGAAAAAAAUAUAAGCGAAGAUUUACAUGCACCAAGUUCUCCCAGGAACUCAGGACAGGAAUUAUAUUUCAAGAUUCUCAAUUUGUCAUAAUUAAGUAACAAACCUUUAAAAAAACGACUUAUAUGAUAUGAAAAUUAGGUACCAUCAUACGAAUCGCUUUAAUGUUAAAAUUAUUAUAAAAAAUGUCGAAUACAACAUUCCGGUAUAUCACUUUUGGGUGAAUUUCGAGUUACUUCUUACAGAAUCGCUCUACUGAUUGUAAAUUAAUUAAAACUUCUCAGU